CCUUCAGAACGCCAUAAAAUCUCUUUGUAUUUCCAAAAUCCCACCAUGAAAUUCUUCUCAAAACAACUCUCAUGGGUUUUUUCUUUUGUAAAUUCCACCUCUUUCCUCUAUUCAUAUUGUCAUUUCUCUGUUUUGCUUGCUUCAGCUCUUCUCUGUCCACCGUUUCCAUCUCUGAAACUUCGAACCUCACAAUUGUAUGCGCUUUAGUACACACCAAUGGCGGCCUUCAGCCGUCUCCUCUCAAUUGUUCUAGCUUUCCAGUUCAUGGUAUCCAAACCCCAUUUAAUCCCAACUAUUUGUUUUCUGGGAUUGUCUCUGGGGAUGGAUUCGUAUGUGGUUUGAGGCCUCUUUUUUCACCAUCCAAUGUUUCAGUCAUGCAUUGUUGGAGAUUUUCUAGCAAUGGUUCUUUUUUAGAUUUAAAAAGGAUUUACAAGGGUCCAGCCCUCAACCAGCUUGAAGCAGGCAACACUCAUAUCUGUGGCCUUAAUGAUACCAACGGUCUUGAAUGUUGGCAAUGGCCUGGAUUUAAUCAAACGGGUGGUGUGCAAUUUUUUUCCGAAAUAGCUGUCGGUGAAGGAUUUGUAUGCGGGUUAACAGAAGAUCAAAAGGCGAUCAGAUUCAUCGGGAACUUUGCUGGUAUCACUGGUCGAGAGAUUAGAGGGAAUUAUAAAAAGAUUGCUGCUGGAUUUAAACAUGCUUGUGCCAUCAAUUCGGAUGAUGGUUUAGAGUGUUGGGGAAACGGUAUGGGUGAUCGUGAUCUGCCUCAGGGACAGUUCAAAGAACUGGCUCUGGGGUUGAAUCGAAGUUGUGCUUUGAGGACUAAUGGAACAGUUGUUUGUUGGGGGAUGGACAGUUUCAGGUUGCCACAAGAAUUGGAAACUCUUGAUUUCAUCACAAUCAAAGCAAAAACCAAUGUUUUUUGUGGAGUUUCAACAUCGAAUUAUUCUCUAUUUUGUUGGGGUCACCGUAAUUUCGAUCAAAAUCAUAUGGUGUUCUCAGAGGUUUUCCCAGGUCCAUGUAGGAAUGUAUGUCAAUGUGGUUCAUUGCAAGGUUCGGGCUUGCUUUGCAGCACUGGUGGGUCAAUUUGCCAAGCUUGUCCGGUGGCAGCCAUUCCAUCUGCUCCUCCACCCCAACCUGAAAGCAGAUCCUCAAACAGUGGUUUGAAUGGAAGAUUGAUAGCUUUUCUAGUUGUUGGUUGUGUUGGAUCCUCCGUUUUCUUGCUACACGUUGGUUUCUUUGUGUUCAGAUAUUGCAAAGACAGAGGGUGUCGUGUCCAUGAUUCUGGUCGGCUGGAUGAGACCGGUGCCCCUGCAAAUGGUGGUUCGGGUUCGAAUCAAACUCCUCAAGGCCCACCGGCUGUCCUCGAGAAGCGACUGAGCCAAUUGACCAGCAUGGGAACUAUGGGUCGCUUGGAGGAGUUUUCCUUUGAAGCCCUGGUUCAGGCCACCAACAAUUUCUCCGACGAUCAUAAGAUUGGUACGGGUAGCUUUGGUUCAGUCUAUCAUGGUACACUGGACGACGGGCGUGAAGUGGCCAUCAAACGAGCCGAAAUUACUAGCUCUUCAUCAUAUGUGAUCGGCCCCAGACGUCAAGAAGAUAAAGACGAUGCCUUCGUGAACGAGCUUGAGUAUUUGUCCCGUGUUCACCACAAAAACCUUGUCCAACUAUUGGGAUUUUGUGAGGACUCGAACGAGCGUAUACUUGUCUACGAAUAUAUGAACAAUGGCACACUCUAUGACCAUCUCCACAAGUUCGAAAAUUCGUUGUCAAUGUCAUGGGCUAUACGGCUCAAGAUCGCAUUAGACACAGCAAGAGGGAUCCAAUACCUGCACGAGUAUGCAGUUCCGCAGAUCAUACACCGUGAUAUCAAGUCUGCCAACAUUCUUCUCGAUACAAACUGGACUGCAAAAGUAUCGGAUUUCGGAUUAUCAUUGAUGGGUCCCGGAGAUGAUGAAUCACACCUUUCACUUCGUGCAGCGGGCACAGUCGGAUACAUGGAUCCCGAAUACUACAGGCUUCAACAGCUGACCACCAAGAGUGAUGUUUACAGUUUUGGCAUAGUCUUGCUCGAAUUGUUAUCCGGAUACAGAGCGAUCCAUCGGAACGAAAAUGGGGCACAUCGAAAUGUGGUCGAUUUUUUGGUUCCGUAUGUUCUUCGAGACGAAAUUCACAGGGUUCUCGACCCGAGAGUACCGCCACCAACCCCUUUUGAGAUCGAGGCCGUUGCGUAUGUAGGAUAUUUAGCGGCUGAUUGUGUGAGGCUGGAAGGCCGAGACAGGCCUUCAAUGACUGAGAUUGUAAAUAGCUUAGAGAAGGCAUUAACGGCCUGUUUAAUUCCCCAUGAUUUCUCUCGGUCCACUACUCAAUCUUCCACUGAGCGGACAAAUUUUGUACAGUAAACAGCAUAGUUUUUUACUCAAUUCAUUUCCCUUCUACUUU